CUCCGCCUCCUGCUCCUCCUCCGCCUCCUUCUCCUCCUGCUGCUCCUCCUCCUCUUCCCGGCGGCCGCCUGCGGCUGGGCGCCUGGCCGCGAGAUGCUGAGCCCCAGGGGCGGCGGCGCCGCGGUGGGCCUGCAGCCGCUGCCCCAGGACCGGUGAGAGGCUUCUCGGUGGGCGCGGCGUCGUGGGACCGGCGGCCCGCUGCGUCGCCCUGCGACCGGCACCUCGUCGCGGUGGUGUGCGGCGUCACGCUGCUGCUCGCCGCGGCGGCGGCGUCGCUGUCGCGCCUGGCCAGCGCGCAGCGCGAGGGCGGCGGCCUGGUCGUGCAGGGCGCGAGAGGCGCCUCCGCGCCCCCCGCGCCCUUCGACUCCGAGGCCGUCGCGGAGGCGACCAUGGACUGGGACGUAGUCAAGUAUUCAGGCUGCAAGGACUGCCACGAGGCCGAGUUUUGCAGGGUGGCCGGCAACCCCGGCUGUGGCGGGACUGGCACCGCGGAUGCGGUGACAUUCGACAACCGCCACUACGCCAAGGGGUGCUCUGUCAAGCCCCUGCUGACCAUCCCCCUCUCGUACGUAGAGCACAUCGCCGACCUGCAAGCCAAGGGCGCAAGCUUGGCCAAGCAGUUGCUCACGAUCAUGCUGCGGCAGGGUUUCCGCGAGUAUCGGGGCCGCGGAUACUCAGGCCCCGUGCAGCAGUGCCUCCACCUCCCGGCGGUCGUGUCGGUGCACUGGCUGCACCUUCACUCGUUCUGCGCCGGUGCGCAUUUCGACGGCAUGCCAGACGCUGGAUCUUCUAUGUGCCGAGUCAUGAAUGACAUUAACGACGCCGACUGGAUAGCAGGCGACUGGUCGGUGCCGUAGCAGGCCUGAAUGGCGGUGCGCGGCGUGCUUACUUGGUGAAGGUCCUCAGCAUGAGCCUCCGAUCCUCGGCCGUGUGCUGUACUUCUUGACUCCGACUGGACCAGGGUGAGUCCACUUCCCGCGACCGGCCUGAAUUAGUCAGGAGGGGAAAAACACACAGA